AUGGCAAACUCCGCUCAGCGUAUGAUUCAUGCUUUAGAGGAUACCAAGAACGCCAUCUUAGCUGAACACCCUCCGUCAAUACCCCAGCCCACCCUUGUCAAAUCAAAUGAAGAUGUACACCUCCAGGCGUUACAAGUGCUCGCAGCGCACGUUAAACUUCUCUUGGAUGUCCCAGAACACCUUUGGAGAAUUUUAGAAAAGAAGAAGUAUUUUUCAGCAGCGUGGCUAUAUCUGCUAUCACGCGUUGUACAUCGAGCAUUAGUACGGGAAGAACAAGACGACGAGGCGUGGCGAAAUCAGGGUAUAGAUAUACUGGAAUCAUUUCCACUUGUUCAACGCCAAUGGGAAGUGGUGGCUCAAUUUCGGUCGCAAAUUGUUCACAAGGCUGCCCUUUCGUUACGGGAUUUCACUACCCCAUCACAGACAACCUGUGCGACUUUGCUUACACUCCAUCUACUUGAUUCACGCCCGCUUUCGGAAACAUUGACUGCCUUAUUGGAUCAACGGUCGAAAUCCCUCAACACCAUCUUUUCCAAAAAUCCGACUCCCCGAGGCUCCAUAAGAGAAAUCAAAAAAUGUAUCCUCGGUGCCCUUCAGGCAAUAUCGCAAACGAUCCAAACCUCUCGAGAUGUUUUCCAAUCUCGAGAUGCUCAACUUUCCCUCAUCCGAGCGACUCUGAAAUUCAUACAAACUGAUUGUGUUCCCUCUUCCGGCCUGCCAGUUGAACUACAGUUGACCACUCAGUCGCUCCUCAGUAAUCUUCCCUCUUCUUCCCACUUCUCGGCCCUUCCUCGAAGCUUGACGUCGUAUAAACCUCAUGUGGAUGUUUAUUCUCAGUUUUCCUCUCUGCCUCCAGCACACUUGGACAACAAAGUCUCGGAAUGGUUCCAACGAUCUACGGACGCACUGCGGAUAUCAUGUCGAACAUGGUUAUCAGACACCAAUAGCGUUAAGGUUGUGUGGUCUAUCAGGAACUCCGUACGCAUGUGGUUGCAGUCAUCUUCAACAUUAGAAUCUUCUGAAACUGAACACUUGAAUUCCCUCUUUGAUGAUGUCUGUCGUGAAUACAUCGCUGAAAUUUGGAGGAUUAGACUGUCCAAUGCUGAGACAGCUUUCCGUGAUCAACUUACCUUUGCUGUUACAUCGAUAAAGGAUUCUUCCACAGAUACAACAGAUGUUUCUCCCAUAGCACACAUGUUUGAUGCCCCACCAUUACCGACGGUAUCUCAAACAGAGGAUGUACCACUACAGAAGUAUCGGGCUUCUCUUCAGUGUCAAUUAUCCGGUCGCGUCUCCUUACUGGAUAAUGUUCUCAAGACUCUUGAAAAAUGUGCAGCUGCACUGCAAGAAGAUCUUUUGCAAGUACUUACUGGGGAUGAUACGGACACCACAUCACUCAUUACACGACUCAAAGUAUCAUACCAGCCCCAUGCCCAAAGACUUUGCACAGCGGCGCUGGACAGCAUUGAAACCUCAGCAGAUACAUUGCCUGACAAGACUGAGCUGGAUAUCAGUGCUCUUGUUUUUGUUGGAAGAAUUGCUGAAGAGUUGUCGUCUUCCCUUUUCAUUUCGAAUAUGUCUUGUACCGAGGCAAUGGCACUAGGCAAGGGGCAACUCAAUCAGAUUUGUGUCGAGACAAAAACUUAUGCUUAUCGAUGGCAAGAAUUCACGGUGCUUCACGUACUUUCUCGCCAUCGAAUAGCAUUGCCUCUCGCGGGUUUCAAGCCAUCGCCUUGCACAUCUCCUUCUACCAACUUAAUGCAGUCCUUGCUCCUGCUUGCGGAGGCCAUACAAACUCUAGGCUUCUCUGGAGAUUCUACGCGACACAGUCAUCUCGCCGAUCGGGUGGUUCAUCUGUUCAUCGGUCGUCUUCUGGAUCAGGAAUGGGAGCACAACAAAAUUCAGACACUAUAUGAUAUAGGCUUCUUACGGAGAAUCGCGGAAGUAUGGGGCUCACCCUGGACUGAUAUCUGUGAGCUCUUAGACGCUAGAACAUCACGCGUCCGUGACUCGAUUGGUAUCCCUGACGAAGUUCCCUCUGAUGAAACACUAUCAUGGAUGAGCGCUGAUCACCUAGCUAGAACCCAAACAAUCCUGGCUGCAAUACUGCCUUAUCCUGUUGCUACUAGAGGUACUCACACUCCUGCCGGAAAAUCGGUCUCUUCGGAUAAGUUUGCAGCGCUCCUACCCUUGGGCGUCCCUUCUUCAGAUAAAGAGUAUCGCGCAGCUAUCGAAGUUGCCAAACCUUCAUCGAGGUUCGCGAUGCUUCUAGUUAACUAG